AUGAGCGGGCUAGUUAUGACGCUUGUGACGUGCUCGACGUCACUUCAUUGUGGGCUGGAGGCUCAUGUACGGGGUCCACGUCAGUUGAGAGAGAGUGAAAUCAUUUUUCAGAAACAGAGGAAACGGACACCCGGCAGUCAAACCGCAACAUACCAAAGGAAGAUGAAUCCAAAGGACGACAAGAGGACCGAUUUAUGCACCAGCCCUGUUUUUGUGCAUAACCCACACCUGGACACACUGAAAGAUGACGUCCUCUACCACUUCGGUUUAGGAACCGGAACUCACGACCUACCAGCUAUGUUUGGUGAUGUCAAAUUUGUGUGUGUUGGGGGCAGUCCUUGGAGAAUGAAAUCCUUCAUUGAGUACAUUGCUGCUGAGCUUGGUAUGGAAGACCCCAAAUCAGAGUACCCAAACAUCUGUGCUGGAACAGACCGUUAUGCUAUGUACAAAGUUGGCUCUGUACUGUCUGUCAGUCAUGGGAUGGGCAUCUCAUCUAUUGCCAUAAUGUUGCAUGAGCUAAUAAAGCUCCUCCAUCACGCUCAUUGCACAGAUGUUACAAUUAUACGCAUUGGGACAUCAGGUGGAAUAGGGCUUAAGCCUGGCACAGUUGUUGUUACCAAGCAGUCUAUGGAUGCCACCUUCCUGCCCAAGUUUGAACAGGUGAUCCUGGGGAAGACGGUGGUGCGCAAUACUGAUCUGGACCAAAGCCUGGCUGAGGAGCUGUUGCAGUGCAGCAAAGAGCUGAACCAGUUUGAGACAGUGAUAGGCAACACCAUGUGUACACUGGAUUUCUACGAAGGGCAAGCCCGUUUGGAUGGUGCUUUCUGCUCCUACACUGAGAAGGAUAAACAGGACUACCUCACUAAAGCCAGUGAAGCAGGAGUCUGCAACAUUGAAAUGGAGUCAUCAGUUUUUGCUGCUAUGUGCAAGAUGAGUGGUCUACGAGCGGCUGUGGUUUGUGUGACGUUACUGGAUCGGCUGAAGGGGGAUCAGCUGAACGAGUCUCAUGAAGUUCUUCACAGUUACCAACUACGUCCUCAGAUACUUGUUGGCUACUACAUUAGGAAACAGUUGAAGGCCAAAGCAGUAUGUAGCUAAGUGCAAUAGCUUUACACUGGUAUGCAAGCAUACAUCAAAGUUGUCUCUUGAAAAUAUAGUGCAAUGCACUAACUCAGUUUUAAACAUUUGUUAUACAUUUUAUGCUCACCAAUAGCCAUACCUGUAAUACCUCCAGAAUCUUGAAGUUACACUAUGCACUGCCUUUUAUUUAUCUGUUCAGACUUAUAUAGUUAAAUGAUUUCACUGUCUUAAUAAAUCGUAAUGCGCUAUUUCACUUUUGUUUCCUCUUGAAUUUAACUUAAAUACAAUUAAGUGAGUCUUAAAUAUUAUAUAGCAGCAUAUAUUGAUCAAAUGUCUUUAUGUAAGGUGACCUCUGUUUUAUACAACAUAAAGUUCCUUAUCCAUAAAACCUGUAUCGGUUCAUGACUUUUGGAAUGUCUAUGCUUACAACGGUGCUGUAGCAAAAUCAGCUCAAAUGGAGAGUAAAUAGUUUUAAUGAAAACCAAAAGAAAUGACACUGAUUUUGAUAAGUUAGUGUCUUAUGUUGGUAUUUGUUGUUGCAAAAUGCAUAUAUCUGGAGGAUUUGUUAUGCAGAAUGUAUGUUUUUUUACAAUAGGCUUCUCAAUUUUUUUUAUAAGAUUCAGAAGCUAAAAUCUGCAAAAAAAAAUGUCACUUUUUUUCAGAGACAACAAAUCCACUGAAUGUAUUAUCACUAAUAAAUCCUCAUGCAGUCUGGA